CGAAAAGAGUAUUUCCGCCAAACUUGGCGAAAAUCUAAGUUUAGAUUGGAUAUAAAUAUUUGUUCCGAAUAUCAACUUGUGCAGGUGUAUCGCAGUCAGUUGUUUUGAGGUGAAACACAAAAGUGCGUCAGAGAAGAGCAAUAAAAGUAUCAGCAGCUUUCGUAUGUCAUGGAUAAGUGAUGAUUAGUGCGGAACUGAAAAGCGCAAAGAACAGCGUACAAUCUACCGCAAACAACGGUAGACACGGGAGUUCUACAGCGGAGUGUGUAAAGAUAAGCGAUUACGAAUUGAUAUCGAUUAAUUGAUAAAGGAAAAGCGAACAUUGUUUUAAAAGUUAAGCCACGAUGGAGAAAUGGGACUGAAAUUCGCCAACUGCGGUCGGCUAUGGAUGAGCGAUCCUAGUUGGACUUGCGACAAUGUGUGGUGCGCAAGAGUUCGCGUGGCUUGUUUCUGCGAAAAUUAGUGGGCAUAUUUUAUGGAAUUGAACAAGAUAUAUUUUGUAUAUAGCAAAACAUAAGCCAGUCAGUAUGCCCCUUAUAUCAGCCAAGAUUGGUAACGUGUUGAUGAUGCGGAAAACUUCAAUUUUCAGUUCAACUCGACUUUUUUUGGCAUUUGUUCUGUGUACCUGUAUCGAUUGGUCUAGUAUUGUUGACUGUCUACCUACAUUCGACGGUUCAGGUGAAGUAGGAGGGUUCAUCACAAAUCGUCACAAAUCGGAGACGAUUAUCAAUGGUAAACAUGACGAAAUUACUAACGCUCAACAGCGAUUGAGUUCUUUGGUAGGACUAUCACCGCCAAUAUCAACCGAUAACAAGAAACAUAAAACGUUCAGACGGCGGCUUCCAGCUGGUGCCUAUCAUCGCAGUAGUAGUUCGGUCGGCAAAAUGUACUCGUACGAGGAUAAUGAUCCACUGAAAGGCAUCAUAAAUGAGAUUCUCAAAAUUAAGAUGACGACCUCGAUGAACCCCGAGGGACUUCAAUGUAUCCUUGGACAGGGUAAUAAUUACAUGGCGCACUGGUUGAAUAUGAAUGGGACUAUCAACACAUAUAACAGUAGGGUUCGCGAAAAUUCGUUGGAUUUAUCGAACGACGUGUUUCCUGAUAUAAUCACCCGAAUGAGGCCUUUUAUGAGGAAAGGUAUUCCGCAGCGAUUGAUGUACCUCUCUAUGGCACGCAGCGGACUCAGCACUCUCCCUAUGUUUGAACUGACACUAGUCAACAGUACGUUAACGCAUCUUUCUUUGAUGGGCAACGUUCUAAUACCUUUCAAAUUGCCGGUAUUGCGCAAUUUACGUGUCUUGGACCUCAGAAGCUGUGGACUGAGCUAUCUGCCAGAAAAAACUUUCGUCAACACUCCGAGUUUAUUAAAGCUAUUCCUAUCGCACAACAGCCUAACAAAGUUAUGUUCAACACAGUUAUUUGGACUGUCUAACUUACGCCAUUUAGAUAUAUCGUAUAACACGCAAGAAAAAUUAGCCGAACUCACAGAAUAUGACCAACCCGACCCAUACAAUUCGCUGACCGAAGGACUGAUUUUAAACGAAGACACCUUCGCUCCACUCGUCAACCUAUCGUUCUUAGAUGUAUCGCACACCAAGCUACUGUCGUACAGCUCAAAGGCCUUCCGGAACGUAGCAGUUGAACAGUUGAGCUUGUGUUACACAGGUAUAGCCAUAAUCGUUGGUUCGAUGAUGAACGGUUCACUGAGAGUGUUGGAUAUAUCAGGAAAUCCUGGUAUCUCCACUGCAAUCCACCAUGAGAAAAGUGAUUUGCGGGGUUUUAACGUAAAUUUGGAAAUUCUAGUAUGUGAGAACUCUACGGUGAAGCAUUUGGACUGGCUUAGUGGGAUGGUAAAUCUUAAGGUAUUGCUACUUGGAUCGAACAAUAUAAAUCAACUUAAAAAUCAUACAUUUGAGAAUUUGGCAUCUCUAGAAAUUCUGGAUUUAAGCGGCAAUCAUAUUAGCAAUUGGCAUCAGAGGGUGUUUGAGAAUAACGCUGAGUUGUAUAUCCUGGAUCUAUCUGAUAACAACAUUAACGUACUGACGACGGAAAUGCUGUACGACUUCGCUAGCGUUAACUUUCUAGCAAUUGGUCAGAAUAGCUUCGUUUGUCAUUGCCUGCUACGAGAAUUCAUUGAAAUGGCUGCGAAAAAUUCCGAAACCAUUUCGUGUCUGUUGUAUAAUUUAGUUAACCAUCUUCAAGACAAUCAAAAUCAAACGAAAUACGAUGACGUACUGCAUUUUCUCCAUAAUUCCGGUUAUUCGACAUCUAGUAGUCUAUUGGAUUUUUCCACUAGAACUACGCCAGUAGACAAACGUCGUAAGGUGAUAGAGUUCGCUAUAGGUAUGGAUUCAUCACUGGAAAAACAGCUUAGUUCAUAUGAAUAUCAGUCAUCGACAGUUCUCGACGACGACUUUGAGCGUGAAGACGUAGUUGAAUCACUCGAAGAGUAUGAUGUUCUUUACCGUGUAGUCCAAAGUUACGUCUCGAACAUCUACGAUAGCAACUCCAAAUUCCAAGAAUCCCUCAAUAAAUAUCGCUAUGAGCCUUCCGAUCCGCGAUUUAUUUCCAUCAACUGUAAUAAUGAGACCGACACUACGAAUCUACCACCCUAUGUGGAAGAGCCAGACAUUACAGAUCCCCUAUACGGACUACAGUUCCAAAUAAUCGAUUUCGACGAGGACAGCUACAAGUGUAUUGAUCUGGACGAUUCGGAAUUCUAUCUGCUGGAGCAAGAAAGGUGCAUUCUCGACAGGGCCGGAUUAUUACCAUUCCUGCCGAUUAGCAACAGCACAACGGCCUACAUUAUUAAAUUCACUCUAAUAUUCUUCGGGUUUGCACUGGUGGCCUUUAUUAUCUACAUCUCCAAGUGGGAACAUAUCAAGUACUUCUGCAUUAUUGUGAGAAAUGCUACUAUACUAAGUAUGAUGACGCACAAGAGCGAACCAUUUAUGAGGAAGGAGAGCUUGGCAUCAGUUACUAGCUGCUACACGUACGAUGUGUUUGUUAGCUACUCAGAACAGGAUCGUCAAUGGGUUCUAGAACAACUGCUGCCUAAUCUGGAGCAGACGGAAGACAUCAAUGUGUGCUUGCACGAGAGGGACUUUAAGGUUGGAAUAAGCAUACUAGAGAAUAUCAUCUACUGUAUGGACAAAUCACGCACCCUACUGUUGGUAAUGUCGGAAAGCUUUCUGCUGAGCCACUGGUGUCAGUUUGAGAUGCAUCUUGCUCAGCACAGGCUGUUGGAAACCCGUCGAGAACAACUUAUUCUCGUCCUUCUUGAAGACAUCCCAAAGAGCAAGAGACCUAAAACGUUGCACUACUUAAUGAAAACGAAAACAUAUAUCAUUUGGCCCCAGCCAGUCCCGGAGAAAAAGUCCAAACAUUCCAAGCAGGAUAAAGACGUUAAAAACAGUAGUAAAGCAGCAUCCCGUAAGGAGAAAGAUAUCCAAGCUUUGAACGAGGAGCGAAGCUUAUUCUGGCAACGUUUGCGAAAAGCGAUCCACGCUGGUGUCGCUUGGGAACCCUUCAUUGGCGGUGGAGCUGGUGAAGCUAGUAAAGCCGAGGUGGUAAAUGAACCGACAGAACAUAAUGACCCGGAAAGCUCAACACAAGUUAAACAUUAAAUUAGUCAUGUAACAAAUAAUAAACCUCGAGAUUCUGUCCCGCCAAUAAACUGUGAUACCAAGUUAGUACAAAUCAAGUACGACCAAGUGAAAAGCUCCGAAGAUACCAAACUAAACCAAAAGGCGUUUCUGUCUAAUAAAAUGCA